AUAGAACUCUUUGAUUCAGUAGAGAGAGAGAGAGAGAGAGAUUUUCAAUGGCGUCCAGUGAUCAAACCCCAGGCGUGAUGCCAGGAGAAGGAGCGACGGCAGGGAAGCCAAUGACGGUGGGGUCACAGAUUCUUGAUAAAGGGGCCCAGAUGCUGCAGUCCAUGAAGCCUGUUAAGCAGAUGAAACAGCAUGUCUGCACCUUCGCCAUGUACAGCCACGACAUGACUCGCCAGAUCGAGACUCAUCAUUACGUGACUCGCCUCAACCAGGACUUCCUCCAAUGUGCCGUUUACGAUUCCGACGAUUCCUCUGCUCGCCUCAUUGGGGUGGAAUAUAUCAUAUCGGAUAGGAUCUUUGAGAAUCUGCCACAUGAUGAGCAGAAACUGUGGCAUUCUCAUGCUUAUGAGAUCAAAUCUGGUCUUUGGCUGAAUCCGCGGGUCCCAGAGAUGCUACAGAAGACGGAGCUCCAGAACCUGGCCAAGACCUACGGGAAAUUUUGGUGCACGUGGCAGGUGGAUAGAGGUGAUGUGUUACCAUUGGGAGCCCCUGCGCUGAUGAUGUCGCCGCAAGAGGUGAAUCUAGGGAUGGUGAAGCCGGAGCUACUGCAUAAACGGAACAGUAAGUAUAAUGUGUCAAGCGAAGAUCUUAAGAAAUCGAGGGUGGAUAUUAAUGAGCCAGAGAAGAUAAAUCCGGCUGCGGAUUACUGGAAACAGGCAGGGAAGGGGUUUGCCAUCGAUAUUGAGCCGACAGAGAUGAAGCGCCAUGCUCCAUUUCCGUGAAUCCUUGUGUUUAUAACGCUUUUUGGUUGCAUUCGUGUGUAUCAGGGACUAGGGAACUAUGUGGAUUUACUCUGGAUAUAAAACUAUACAGUUAUUUGUAUCCAUAGGAUCAGCAUAUAUCAAUAUGUAUGUUCAUUUUUGUGUUAAAGUUUAAACUCAAUCUGGAAAAAAAAAAAAGGUUUUAACUCAA